AUGGCCGGCCCAACACCCUCUACAAACAUCCCGAAAGCAAAGCCAAACAUCGGGCUCCCAAUCGCCGUCUUGGCGGCUCUCGGAAUUGGGAUUGGAUAUGCUGUUUUCAAGGAGGACAAGCAUCUGAUCAAAGAGGAGGAGGCGCAUGGAGGGCCGAAGGGCGGCGUGAAGCUUUAG